AUGUUUACGCUGGUAGGGCAGGUUACACGUCCAAUCUCGCUGUACCAAUCUUUGGCAAACUCAAGAACGAUGGAUCCAUUCACUCCAAAAGCUGGCUACGGUCAGGAUAUCUCAAACUCUAUUCUCGGCAUCCCUCUUGCCAUCCGUCUAGAUGACCAUCGUGUACUGAAGAAAGCCCGUAACCUGCUCGAACCUGAUAUUAUGAAAUUUGUCGCUGCCAAUACGACCAUUCCUGUGCCAAAAACUUACGAGACCAAAUUCGAUGAGGAGCAGAAUACGUUCUACAUUAUCAUGGAUUAUAUGCACGGAAAACCGUUGGACAAAGUCUGGAUGAAUUUAACCCAGGAUCAACAAAAAUCCACUUGCUGCCAGAUCGCCAACUAUCUUGAGGAACUUCGACAGUUGACAGGCAAGCAAAUCGAGGGAGUUAAUGGCACCCCAGUCAGAGUUGGCUGUUAUUAUUCACGUUGGGGUGGGCCGUUCAAAACCGAGAAGGAUUUCAACCACUUUAUGGCCCCGAACGCCCAGCAAUAUCCCGGUCAUACCCAUUCGAUCCAUUUUGCUCAUGGCGAUCUCAGCCCCAGGAAUAUCUUGGUCAACGAGGACGGCGAUAUUGCAGCAGUUCUUGACUGGGAGUGGGCUGGAUGGUUCCCAGAAUACUGGGAUGUUGUGCGGAUGUUCACGGACCUUCCUUCAAAGAAGCAGAUGCCUGAAUAUGCGAAACAUCUCCGUUCUGCCCUCUCACAUCAAUACGAGCGCGAGUUCCAUGCGAUGGUGCAUGUUCUGAAACUUGAACCGCCAGACCCCCGAUGGAAGACCAUCCAUCCAGCGGCCCCAGCUAAUUAAGUGUUUUGCUUCCCUCUUUAUUUCUGAUGCUAUUGAGUAAUAUUUGAGGUGCGACCUUGUAGGCUACUAUAAUCGUUAGAGCAUCCUUGAAUUUACAUGGCUCCCUACUAUUCUGCCAACCACUUGUGAAGAUGUG